AUAUAGCUUCCGGAGCAGGUCAUUGUGUCCCUGUCUGCCGGUGUGUGAGCACGUCCCCAGUUAUGGCUUCAAGGUUACUGCUCCGAAAUGCUGCUCGGGCCUUCACCCGUGUUGGGGCUGUACGCGCCUCGGCUCCAACCCGUAGCAUGUCUGCUGGAGGUAUCCCAACGGAUGAGGAACAGGCCACUGGUUUAGAGAGAAAGAUAAUGACAGCAACGGAGAAAGGCUCUGAUCCAUACAGCAUUUUUAAACCACAACAUUAUGCAGGAACUAAGGAAGAUCCAAAUAUUGUCCCUUCCAUAACCAACAAACGGAUAGUGGGCUGUAUCUGUGAAGAAGAUAACACGUCUGUUGUGUGGUUCUGGUUGCAUGAUGGAGAAGCUCAGCGUUGCCCAUCCUGUGGUUCCCACUAUAAACUUGUACAUCACCACCUCCCCCACUGAGCACUACUACUCUGUACUUUUACCUUCUUGUCAAGUUUUCAGUGAACUGUAUCUUUCUGUAAUGGCUAGAAAACAUAAUAAAAGUUUCUAGCCUCCACAA